CAAAGCAAUACGCUAUACAUUUGGUUUAGCUACAAUGGAAUACCUACCAAUUUGCCUAACAGUGUUUCUUUGGUUUCUUCUCGUACUUGCUGAUUGUAAAAUGGAAGUGCAAUAUCAUAGGGUGGAAAAUGUGCAAAAUUCAUCGAUGGCUGUCAGCAACAUUUGGGUUGCUAAAAUAAAUCUAAAUCAACAUGGUUUGCGUGGCAAUAUAACGUUUCUUAAGGAUAUUGGAAAUAAUUAUUUGCUUUUUACAGAAAUUUAUCAUAGUUCCUUGGGAAACAAUCAGUUUACCAGAACGCCGUACAAGCUACCAAUACUGGGCAUAUGUGACUUUAAUAGCUACAUGCUAAACGAGUAUCGUGAUUACUUGGAAGACGUUAUAGAAAACCUACCCCUAGACAAUGAAUGUCCCAUCGGGGCAAGAGCGCUUGUUGUAAAGGACGUUAUAUUUGACUCGAAUGCUUGGCCACAACAAGGACGUCCAGGACUGUGGAAGGUGGAAAUGAAGAUAGUUGAAGCAUUGACUAGCACAAACAUAUUGGAAUUACACUUUUACAUCAACGUGUAUGAUUAUUAAAGAAAAAUGGGUAAACUACAAUCGUAUAGGUGAGCAUAAGGGUAUCCGUGUAACUGUUGCACAUAUCUUUCAUCAGAACAUGCACAUAAACAUGCAUAAAGAGCGUACAUAAAAGGACUAUUUGAAAAAAAAAAAUAUUUGAAACUAGUAUCUAAAAGAAAAAUUAUUAGGUUUA